AUGUAUCUAUCUAUGUAUCUAUCUGUCUAUCUGCUUCACUUUUUCAUAUCUAUCUGCUUCAAACUUUUCAUAUCUAUCUAUCUAUCUAUCUAUCUAUCUAUCUGCUUCAAACUUUUCAUAUCUAUCUGCUUCAAACUUUUCAUAUCUAUCUAUCUAUCUAUCUUCUUCAAACUUUUCAUAUCUAUCUUCUUCAAACUUUUCAUAUCUAUCUGCUUCAAACUUUUCAUAUCUAUCUAUCUGCUUCAAACUUUUCAUAUCUAUGUGCUUCAAACUUUUCAUAUCUAUCUAUCUCUUCAAACUUUUCAUAUCUAUCUAUCUAUCUAUCUACCUGCUUCAGAUUUUUCAUAUCUAUCUAUCUAUUUAUCUAUCUAUCUAUCUCCUUCAAACUUUUCAUAUCUAUCUGCUUCAAACCUUUCAUAUCUAUCUAUCUGCUUCAAACAUUUAAUAUCUAAAUAUCUAUCUAUCUGCUUCAAACGUUUCAUAUCUAUCUGCUUGAAACUUUUCAUAUCUAUCUAUCUAUCUGCUUCAAACUGUUCAUAUCUAUCAGCUUCAAACUUUUCAUAUCUAUCUGCUUCAAACAUUUCAUAUCUAUCUAUCUAUCUAUCUAUCUGCUUCAAACUUUUCAUAUAUCUAUCUAUCUAUCUAUCUAUCUAUCUAUCUAUCUAUCUGCUUCAAACUUUUCAUAUCUAUCUGCUUCAAACCUUUCAUAUCUAUCUAUCUGCUUCAAACUUUUCAUAUCUAUCUAUCUAUCUAUCUAUCUAUAUAUCUGCUUCAAACUUUUCAUAUCUAUCUAUCUAUCUAUCUUCAUAUCUUUUCAUUUUCUAUCUAUCUGCUUCAAACUUUUCAUAUCUAUCUAUCUAUCUAUCUAUCUAUCUAUAUAUCUGCUUCAAACUUUUCAUAUCUAUCUGCUUCAAACUUUUCAUAUCUAUCUAUCUAUCUAUCUAUCUAUCUUCUUCAAACUUUUCAUAUCUAUCUGCUUCAAACUUUUCAUAUCUAUCUAUCUAUCUGCUUCAAACUUUUCAUAUCUAUGUGCUUCAAACUUUUCAUAUCUAUCUAUCUAUCUGCUUCAAACUUUUCAUAUCUAUCUGCUUCAAACUUUUCAUAUCUAUCUAUCUAUCUAUCUAUCUAUCUAAUCUAUCUAUCUAUCUAUCUGCUUCAAACUUUUCAUAUCUAUCUAUCUCUCUGCUUUUCAAAACUAUUUCUGUAUCUAUCUAUCUAUCUAUCUGCUUUAAACUUUUCAUAUCUAUCUAUCUAUCUGCUUUAAACUUUUCAUAUCUAUCUAUCUAUCUAUUUCAGACGGGUUCAAACCUACGUACAAAAUUUAUUUAUUUCUCUCUGUCUCUUUCUCUCUCAUACAUUCUCCUUCUUUCUUCCAUUUUUUCUGUCGCAAUCAUAUUUAUCUCUACUAACCCAUGA